AUGCCUUGGCUAGUGUUUUGGCUAAUAGCCCAGGACAUUGCAGGAUCUCAUGGAUGCCUGCAAUGUAGUGCAGAUGCCAUGGCAGCUGUGAGGGAAUUCAAAGAUACCUACCUGGACAAGCAUCUCUUCUGGAACCCACAGCUCAAAGCAAAACUGAAGGAAGACUUGGAUAAGUUCUUAGAAGAGCUCCCUCAUCAGGAAAUCGAUCAAAAAAAAUACAUGGCUGUUAUUGAUGAAUUUUCGCUGUCAGACUUAAGUGCCCACUUCAAACGCUGUUUGAAACAGAUAAUGGACAAUGAAGUUAAAGAGGCUCAGCUUCAUAAAGAGAUGGAUUCGUGUUUUCAGAAGCUAAUGACUGUUUUUCACGAGCUAUUGCCCAGAGUUGCAACAUGUAAGCUGUGCAUGGCCUGGCUGAACUAUAUGGAUCAGUGCAGCAAUGAAUGUGGUGUGAUGAGCUACGUGCUUACUAAUUGCUUCACGUGCCUCGUACGGACUUACACGUGCAACAAGAAAUACCGGUGUGGAGAAAGGAGGAUACAAGUGGAAAUGGAUGAAGAUCUGGUUCUGGAUUGUGCUCUGCACUGGCACAAGUUUAGCCAAAGUGUGAAGAAAUACAACUUCUACCAGGUAGUGAAGGGCAAGCUGAUACCGAUGAGAAGCAGUAUGGAUUCCUUUCUGGUAAAGAAGGAGGUGAACGUAAAUGACACAGGCAGAUACCGGUGCGAUAUGGCAGAUUCAAGCGGAUUUGUUUCUAGCUACCUUGACUUCCUAGUACAAGUGGUGCCUGCAGUUGGGAAGACCACUUGGUUCCCCCGGCCGUCACACACAACGAUGACAGUCCCCCUUGCCUUGGGGAUCUCAUCCAGGGCUCCACCCCCUCAAGCCGACUUCUCCGUUUGGAUAGUGAUUGGGGGCACAGGCGGGUUGUUUGUCUUCAUCGUUCUUGCAUUGUGAGUUGGGGGGGGCUGGUAUGGCACCCCGAGGGUGACUGGUAAUAGGUUAACACUAGGGUACGCCAGGCCCACCCCUCCAUCUCAAGAGCCUCUGUUACCAAAUGCCCCCUUUAAGCUUGGAAAUA